GAUUUCUGCGAGCAGCAGCAUGUCGCUUGUUCGUUCUGAAAAUCUAUCAGUGGAUAGUCUAGAAGUUUGCAAGGCUAAAGUGCAUGAUCUGCCUCUUUCGUGUGAACAAAUAGUCUCGUCGUCCAAUCUGCAAGGCUCAUUUUAUCUGAAACCGAAGAGUUUAAUAGACUCGACCGGUUCGAUAACAUCGGUUUGUAGUGAUCCAUUUCCCAAGGGCAGCAACAAGGUAGGGUUUGUUAAGACAGCAAUGGAAGAUUAUCUGAACAGUCACAGACACUCGCUGAGUUCGGUCAUGGAGUUGCUGAAUAGGAACGAAACAUUGAAGAUUCCUUUGGACGAUGUCGACGAUGAGGCAGACGACGAAAGCGUCAUCGAGGAAGAACCAGCAAUCGACCAAAGACGAUUUUCCCAGCAAGAUUGCUAUUACACUUUAUCGCCGAUAGAGGAAUACAGCGAGCCUUCCUCUUGCAGCAGCAAAGAUGUCAGGAGCUUUUAUAAUUUGCAAACCAUGUCUAGCUCCUGCGAACCGAUUCCCUCCGAUAUAGAUUACGAACUAACAGAUAAGUACGAUACAUUCCCAAGAGCUAAAAGUAGGCAGGUACAAUACUAUAACAAUACGCUGUAUCCAUUGGAACCUAGAGAGCUAGAUCCGAACGCUUUUAACCAAUUGCACACAGUGGAUAGUCAGGAGGAAUUGCAGGAGUUCUUGCUGCUGGAGAGCGCUUGCUUGUCCGAUUCGAAAGGUCGUGGCUUGGCCUCGGCUUUCUCCGAUCAGGAAACCGACUGAAUGUUGUUUUAAUGGCGCAAAAUUAACACUCGAUGAUAACAAAAAAAAUUGUGUUGUUAUGAAUAGCUGCG